AUGGUUUUGACUGUUUUGGAUUCCCUCUGCAGCAUCAUAGGAGCGGUGAGGACAGGACUGUACAUGGUGCACGUCCUCACAACCAACGGCUUCAGACAGUCUGUGUGUGACAUCAGCUUCUACAGCGCCCCCGUCAGCAAAUUCUGGGCCUACGCCUUUGUUCUUAGCAAGGCACCAGAGCUGGGGGACACGAUGUUCAUCAUCCUGCGGAAGCAGCGCCUCAUCUUCCUGCACUGGUACCACCACAUCACCGUGCUACUCUACUCCUGGUACUCCUACAAGGACCAGGUGGCGGGUGGCGGCUGGUUCAUGACCAUGAACUUCGUGGUCCACUCCUUCAUGUACACGUACUACGCUGCCCGGGCCGCCGGCUGGAGGGUGCCCCGCCCCUGCGCCAUGAUCAUCACCACCACCCAGAUCCUGCAGAUGGUGAUGGGCCUCACCGUGCUGGGCCUGGUGUACAACUGGAAGCACGAGGUGCGCUGUCCCUCCAACAUGGACAACAUCACCUGGGGCUUCCUCAUGUACCUCAGCUACUUGGUCCUCUUCGCCUUUUUCUUCUACGACACCUACCUCAGAGGCUCCUCCGGGCACAAGGGAUCCAAGACGGAGUAGCAGGUCUGUGCGGAGCGUGCCAUGCGCAGAAAUGACCCCCAGCGAGGGGCCAUGAAUGUGUGAGUCACAACUAGUUUCCUGGUUGCUCGGUCCUCCUCUUUUUAUGACGUUUUCACUUGACUUUUUAUAGGCACUGCUUGUAACAUCCAUGGAUUUAGAGUGGUAGGAAAGAGGAGACUAGUUCAGAUUGAGCACAGCUUUUACAUUAUGGAAAUUAAUUUAAAGGGGGUGAAGGAAUAACAUGUUGUCUUUGACUAACAUAGUUUUUACUUCAUUAGUUAUUGCCUCUGAUGGUUAGACUCUUGACCCUUAUCAAAACAAAACAGCCAUACAGUAUGAGGGCCAAAUAUUUGUAUGUUGUUAUGAAAAAGUGAUCAUACUUGAUGUAUAUGUAAAAACUUUUAAAUUGUUAAAGGAAAAGCUCAACAUUUUGGGAAAUACAGGCUUGAUUUCUGAGUGUGAGAUAGCUUAGCUGUUUCCCCCUGCCUAGCGUCCUUAUGCUAAGCUAACUGCCUCAGACGGAAAGCAAAUAAAUGUUAUAACCCAAAAUGUUUAACUUCUGUUUUAGCCCUAGCAAAACUGUGUGUGAUAGUGAGUUUAGGAUUACCAAAAGGGAACAAAGACUUCACAAUGCACUGAAUGAAAGAAGGGUGUUUUUCUCAUACUUAUUUUUAGCACUCACCACACAUGCAUUACACACAGCAUUUUAACCCUUGUGCCUCUCUAGUGAAAUUUUUAGCUUUUAGUUUUAAUUAAUUUAGGCUGUUUUAAUGCGUAUGGCAUACAUGUUAGGUGUUUUUUUAAAAUAAUAUUUUGAAGCUCGCAACACAACUUAUAAGAAGUAUCACAGGUAAAUAAUAGAGACCUGGUAGACCGGUAACAAAUAUCCCCAUUGAAACUUAUCAAAGCCCCAAUGUUUAACUAUUGAAGAUUGAACCAUUAUCUCAUUUUAACUACUUGUGGCUGUUUUAUGUCAUUAUAUUAAGUAAAUGUUGUUACUAAUAAUUGAUAUCUGCACUGUGAUGGAGAGGUGUCAGAGCCAACAGCAGUUCCUUGAUCAAGAGCACCUUGGCAGUGCUGCUGAACUAGCACCUCUCCAGCUACAUAUUAUACGUAUAUUUUGGUCAGAUGGAGACUUGAAACGGCGACCAUUCAGUUCCCGAGCCAAGUCCCUACAGACUGAGCUACUGCCACCCAUACACAAGAAAUAAAAGGCAUAUCAAGGGCAUUAUUGAAACAAGCGUGUGGCACUUAAAGGUUUAAAAUUCAGAAAAUUAUCAAUAUUUAGUAGUCACAUUCAGCACUGGUGUUGGUCAAAUGUAACUCAGUGGAAUACAUACAGUAUAUAUUUAAAUGUAUGGCCAUUUUGUGUAGGUCUGAGAAACAUUGAGUUGAGUUCAAAAUCUCGCCUCUCCCACAGUACUGCCCAUAAACCAUUGGGCUUCUUCUUCUUCUUUUAUUGAGCCUGUAUGGUCAUGGGUGUAAUUUCCACUGGGGACAGGUGGGACAUGUCAAAACACUUUUCAAAAUCCCUUUGGGUCCCCCCCACUUUUCAAAU